CAUGCGGGGUGUAUGCUAUGUUGUACACGGGGUGUAGGCUACCGAGGCGAGAAAACGGCGUCGAAGAAAACAUGUAUACAAAUGUCUCGGAAAAAGAGAAGACUCUGGCUUAAUAAACCAAAGCGCAUAUCUUUCAAGGCAACUAAAAACAAAUAUGCAUUACUUACUGAAUCACGAAACUUGCAUUGCAAUACACCCCCUUCUAGUAAAAAGCAUCAGUGUACUCCUUCAAAAGUUCGAACUCCCAAAAGAAAGAAGCUUAGUUCAUACACAAAUAAUGACCAACAUUCUCCAACAAACUUUCAGUCACCUUCUAAUUUUCCUCACAAAGACAAUGAGUCCAAACACAUUUCAGAAAGUGACACUGAAUUGUUCCGAUGUUUCUUCGCAAAAAUGCAAGAAAGUGAAUAUUGUACUGAUUUUACAAAGUUCAUGAAAAGUGUUGUUGAUGAUUCUUUCCCAUUACACAAUCUAUCUUUUGUGCUUUUUAUGGAAACUGUUCGUUUUUUUUGUACAACAAAUACUUCAGAAAUGAGGUAUUCGGACACAUCAAAACUGUUUUGGAAAACAGGUUACAGAUUAUUCCAUGCAAAGUUUCUGUAUUUCAUGGGAGGACCAAAACAUAUUGGUCAGAUGUCAAAUGAACAAGCUGAGACUGGAACGUUUAAUCCCAAAAAUGCACAAAUCAACUUUGCGGUUCCAAGCAUUGGUCAGUUAACAGAAUUUCGCACAAGCAAUGUUCACCUUAAAAAUACAAUCCCUCCUGGAAUUCUUUUUCCUGUUAUUGAUGCUUUAAAAAGUUCGGAUGUUGUCAAAGAUAAUGAAUACAUGUUAUGUGCGGAUGCUAAAAAAGUCACAGCCGGAAUUGACACAAAGGGGGGAGAUGUUGACAUGUUUGGUCAUGAGAGAGGCGAGAAAUUGACUGAAAGAAAGGAAAAAUUAUCUCAUGAUGUAGAGAAAAUUAAUGAGAUAAAAAGUAGUCUUUGCAUGAAUGAUGAUUUCACAAGAAAUGCAGAUGAGCAAACAAUAAAAGCAGUUAUUCCACAGAUAACUGAUGUUGUACAAACAAUAUCAUCACGUUUACAAGACACGCGAGAUCUUGUUGUCAGACAGACAUUUGGACUUAACAAAUUUAAAGGAAUGGGGGGAGACAACUGGAAAGAAUCAAGAUAUGUAUACGUCAUAAGCGGGCUUCAAGCAUCCCUAUAUAGGUUGAGCGAGUUUUCUCGCGAUGCUCUGACAACAAUAGGGCACAUGCUGUCUUAUUCAAGUUAUAUACAACAAUCUAUUAGUCCAUAUGCCGUUGAUAACCAAGUUGACUUUUCAGUUCAACAGAAUAUUGCAAUGCUGCGAGAGAGUACAGGUGCCCUCACGGAAAUAGAGCCAAGAUACGUUAAGCAACGUUCAGACAUCUGGUUUGAAGUACGCAAACAGGCGUGUGUAACGGGUAGCACUUUGCACUCGGCCAUAGGUUUAAGAGGACUAAAAGAAAAGCAGAACCAUUUCGCAAAAUUUAUUGAAAAUGUCGAUUCUCCUAUUUCGGAAGAAAUACAAACUCGUCUUAGUCAUGGAACGAAGCAUGAAAACGAUGCUGUUGCUACAUUGGUAGGCAGAUUUUUACCUGCAUAUUAUCCAAAUGCUAUUUUUGUUGAAGAAGGGUGCUACGUUCUUCCUGCAGAUACAGCCGAUAUAUUCUGUGUUGUGUCACCUGAUGGAAGUAUUCGGGCAUCCACAAACAAUAAAGUGAUAGCUGCUGUUGAAAUAAAAUGCCCUUUUCCAUCAGAGAAGCAAACUCCUGUCCAUUAUAGUCUUCCAGAUUAUUACGUAUGCCAGUGUCUUGCUGAGAUGUGUGUAUUGAACACAGAUCGGUUACUUUAUGUUACAUACUCAGGGGAAAGCACCACAUUUUUUAAUGUCACAUUUUCACAAGAUCUAUGGGACUGUAUCUGGAAUCAGACGUUGGAAGAUUAUGAUAGAAAACAAAUUACCAAACCAACUCGAAAUGGCUCCCGAGUUAAAGAAAUCAGGAGAAAAAUAAAAGAAUUUACUCUCUCAAAUGUUGAAUUUCUUUGCGAAAUACCUUCAUGUACAGCAAUAGCAGAUAGGUUACCUACAGAGGAGACUGAAAAUAAAUUCUAUCUUCGUGCUAAGCGAGAUUUGGGAAAACAAACUCAUUGUGAAUCACAUUUCACUGAAAUAUUACACAUUCUGGACGAUGCAGUUAAGAUGGUCAGUGGAUACAACUCAUGA